UUCGAACUUCACCAAACACAAACAUUCAGCAUCCAUUGCGCGAUGGUGGUGAAUCCAUUGACGCGGUGCUUGGAGGACUACUCGCUGCCGCCAUUCGCGACGCUUCGUGUGUCUGACAUCGUACCGGCCGUGCGCGCCGCCAUCGCGGAAAUGGCGCUGGACGUGAACGCGAUCGAGGACGACUUGUCCGACCCAGACGCGGACAUCUCGUGGGCGACGGUCAUGGACCGACUGAAGAUCAUCGAUGACCCCGUCAAUCGCCUCUGGCGCAUCGUCAUCCACCUUUCUAGUGUAGCCGACUCCCCCGAGCUGCGACUCGCGCAGAGCGAGGUCCAGGCUGAAGUGCUGACGAUUCAGAGUCGACGGGCGCAGAGCGUGCCCGUGUUUCGUGCCAUGCAGCGCCUUCGUGCGAGCCGUGGGUUUCACGAGGAUUUGACAGCAGAGCAGCAGGUACAGUAUCUACCUGCUUUGUCCUUUACCUACCAAGCCAGCCAGCCACCGUACUACUAGUAGUAUUCGUUAGCGCAUCUUGGACCGAGCGAUCCUCGACGCGACUCUGAACGGCGUCGCAUUGAACGACACCGACAAAGCUACAUUCAAUGCCAUUCACGUCAAACUCAAAGAGCUGAGCAAUCGCUUUGACAGCAACGUGCUGGACUCGACCAACGCAUUCUCGUAUCUCGUGCACGACAAGGCCGAAAUGGACGGACUCCCCGACGCGAUCGUGGCGCUUACCGCCAACAACGCUGUAGCAGCGGGACACGACCUUGCCACCGCAACCCAAGGGCCGUGGAAGUUUACAUUAGACUGGUCCGUGUACUGGGCCGUGCAGCGGUAUGCUACCAGUCGACGCCUUCGGGAAACGAUCUACCUAGCCAAUCAGGCCAUCGCGAGCGCCGCACCCUUUGAUAACGCGCCAAUCAUGCAGCAGAUGAUUCAAUUGAGGCGCGACCGGGCGCAGCUUCUGGGCUUUGAAUCGUACGCUGCGAUGGGGUUGGAAGACAAGAUGGCGCCGUCCGUGUCGGCCGUGCAGGACCUCAUCGACGGCAUGCGCAACAAGUUCCGUCCGCUGGGCGAGGCGGAAGUGGCAGACGUGUCUGCCUAUGCCGCCAGUCAAGGCGCAGUCCUACCACUGCAGAAAUGGGAUUUUAGCUUUUGGGCGGUCAAGUUACGCAAGCAACGAUAUGACCUGCACGACGACCUUGUUCAGUCAUACUUUCCCCUUCCCAGAGUUCUAGACGGAUUGUUUGAGUUUGUUGCUCGGCUAUUUGGACUUCGCAUCGAGGCAGCAGACACGCCGCAAGAAACGUGGCAUCCCGACGUGCAAUACUACCAGAUUCGAGCUCAGGACCAGCCCGGCACCCCCGUGAUCAGCCAGUUUUACUUGGAUCUGUACGAAAGGGGCGACGAAAAGAAAGCAGGGGCGUGGAUAGAGGUCAUGGUGGGGCGCAGCUCGGUUCUUCGCACAGAUGACAAAGCUCAUGUGCGCAUUCCCGUGUUUGCGUUGAUGUUCAACUUUGCAGCACCUGCUCCAUUGCCGUCAACCACUCCUACACUGCUAUCGUUUUCGAACGUGACCUUGCUGUUCCACUGUCUUGGCUACGGCCUUCGCAUUGCGCUCACAAGUGCCGAACACACGGCGGCGUCGCGACCCCAUGGCGUUGAAUGGGAUGCCGUCGAAGUACCCUCCCAGUUGAUGGCCAACUUUUGCUACCAUCGACCAACGAUCCAAAUGGUGUCGGGACAUGUGGUCACUGGCGAGCCAUUGCCAGACUCGAUCUUUGACAAGUUGGUCGCGUCCAGGCGGUUUGUCGCGGCCGUCAAGAUGCUGCCCCAGCUGCAGAAAGCCUCGUUGGACUUGAGUCUCCACCACUCGUUCGACUCGACCGCCAGCUCGGAAUCGAUGUUUGCGUUGAGUUUUACAUUGGCCAAGCAGUUUGACGUGUUGCCAUCACUGGAAAGUGACAAGUCGCUGUGUUCGCUGAGCCACAUCUUUUCGGGGUUGUACGCCGCAGGCUAUUACAGCUACACGUGGUCGGAAGUCAUGUCGUCGGACGCAUACGGUCGAUUCAAAGAAGCCAACGACGAAGAUGAGUGGAAGGCCGUGGGCCGUGACUGCCGCGACACGCUGUUUGCAUUGCUAGGAAAAGCACAUCCAUUGGACGCAUUUAAGAGCUUUCGACGACGGCCGCCCAAUGCUGACGCACUGCUCAAGGACUACGGGCUCAUAUAGCAGACCCAUACUGUACAUAGUUCGGUUGACAAUAACAGAGAGACGUACAUGUAGUUAGUUGGGUUGUUGGUUUCCCAU